GCCUCGCAUGACACACACACACACACACACACACACACACGCACACCAACAAAGCAGACACCUUCUCGGUUUCGCACACGGGAGCCCAGGGGCUCCCACACGGCCCGCCUCUCUCGCUGCUUCUUCCUGCGCCCUGGGACUCUUCGCCCCGAACUUGGAGAUGGGGAACAUGGCUUGCGUUCCCCAAGCGCCCGGCCGAUUCCGAUAUUCCUUCUCUAGGAAGCAUUCCUUCAAGAAAGAACAAGAAAGCAAGAAAAAACUGGCCGCGCUCUUUGGUUUUGAAGCAGAGCAUGAGAGAGAUGUGACUUCAGACAAAAUACUCCAAUAUAUUCCUGCCAAAAACUUUGCCAGCCAGGAGAACGAAAAGGAAAACUUUGACCAGCGCUUCUCCAGCCUAUUCAAGAAAGGACGGAGGAAGACGGUGGUGCGGAAUCUGGGAAAAAUAAUCCACUAUUCCAAACUCAAAUUUAAGUUUCAGCACUGCCAGGAAGCCAAUGACUGCUAUUUGGAGCUUUUUCAAGAGUUCCUCUAUUUUCAGGCACUCGGCCCCAACGGACACAAGUAUCAGGGUUUGCUACCCCUGACCGAACUGCAGCUGACGAAACUUGAAAACGAAAACGGAAUUCAGGAAGAUCUCCACGCUUUUCAGAUUGCAGGUCCCCUGCUCUCCCCGCUGACCUUCUACUGCCCUAGCCAAGCAGAACUGAAGCACUGGCUCUACUACCUGGACAAACAGAUCAAUUUGAGUGGAGGACGGCCAGAUGUGACCCUGGAGACUCAGAGAGCCUGGACGCAGGGCCUGCUGGGCAAGGAGCAGCUGCGGUGGUCGAUGCAAAACGCCCACGUGCAGGAAUGGAAGGGCACCCAGCGCAAGUCACUGGGCGACAUCCUUUGUGUCUCCAAAGUCAAGUUGCAGCAUUUACCUUUCCAGGAACAACAUCAUCGUCUGUUGGUGCUUUAUCCUUCCACUCUGGUUAUUGUAUCUGAAGAACGUAACGGCCUCUACUUCAAGGGUGAAUUGCCUUUGAAUGCCAUCCAAGUACAAUUUGAGGAAAACCAGAAGACUGCAUUUUUAAUAGAAGGUCGGCUAAUCAACUCCAUCCGGGUGAUUUGCUCCAGCUACGAAGAUUACCAAGAGUGGUUAUAUUGCCUUAAAACCGCUCAGUUCCGCCAUGCAGAUUCCUCCCUCUCUGGAUCGGAGAGUUUCUCCGGGUUGAAGCCUUCUCACCUGACACAGUUUUCAGGAAGCGGAAGAGGGUCACUCACCUCGGAGGGCAGAACGAAUUCCUGGGCUUCUGCUGGGAAGGGGCCUACGUCCACCCAUCACUCCCAAACUAGCACAGCCUCUCUGUCCGAGAGACCAUCGGUCGACGCGUUGCCCCAGAAUUGGUUAGCUGAAAACUCUGUGCCGCCACCAGUCUGCUGCUCAGGAAAGCAAGGGGCAGGAAUGCCGAAAGCCGAGCUGAAAAGAAAAGGGAGUUCUCGAAAGUCCAAAGGGAAGGGAGUCCCGCCACCUCAGCCCCCCCAGGGCCACCGGGAGGACUCCGAAAAGAAAAACCCCUUCCCGCUCAUCUCGAAGCACCCCCAUGGAGAAGGCGUCUCUGUUGUGUACAAUGAGCCGUACUCAGCCCUGGCCCAACAGGAGCAUCCUGACGUCCGCCCGCUGCACCUGGACUUAAACCAUCUGAAACAGUGGAACGUGCCACGGAGUCAGACCUGCCCAGCUCCCCAAACCUUGGAAAAUAUCUCUCUGUCGUCUUCCCCCAUGUAUGCGGAUCCCUACACGCCCAAUUCCCCCUCCUCGCACGGGGCCGCAGGCUCGUACUUCCUCGACGAGCUUGGGAGGUGUCACGGGCCAUCCACUGUGGAGCACCAGAAUGGCUACCCGGCCAUGCCAGUGUCGGUUCCCAUCUGCCACCAUCCUCUUGGCUGGAGGAGUUUUCAACCUUCCUGCGGAAACCCCUGGCGAGAACCCAGCCUUGCACAGAGAGGCAAUGCCUCGGUCCCGGCCUUCCAUUUUGCCACAGAACCUGCACCAGAUGUCCAUUACUUGACCACGAGCACCUCGUCCGGAGAUGGCCUUCGGAUGCGUUCCUUGCCGACUUCAGACGAAAACCUUCAGGCUUACAACCAGCCUGAAACAGGAGGGGAAUCGCUCGACUCGACAACAUAUCACGACUACGCUGAGCUGCAAAGCUUCCACGAGGACUAUAGUUACGACAACAUCUGGGAGACAGAGGCGAAGAAGCCGCUCCCCUCCGACCAUGAGAUCUACGAUUGCUAAGGGAGGCGUCCAUCCACUGAAGCAGGAAGAACAGAAGGGAGGAAUGCCAAAAUUGGAUGGUGGACGUCUGGAGGCCAGGAUUCUUCUGGCUCCGUUUGGACCCCUUUGCCCCAUUCCUGUUCCUCUACUUUGGCUUGUGGUGCUAUGAAAAAAAAAAAAAAACUUCUGAGAAAAGGAUGUGGAAUUCUUCCCAUCCACUAAUCCAUUGGGUACCAACACAGCAGUGGACCCUGGUUAGAUGGUUGUUAUGAAGAAAGCUGUGUCUGUGGGGUUAGAACCAGUCCGGAUUUUUGUGUGCCAUUGAUAGAUCUUGCAAUUCACCCCCAAACAGCAAAAAAAACCAAAAAAAAAACCCACACCCUAUCUGCUAACCGUUACGCCAAGGAACAAAUGCAACGCUGGUUUUUUUCAAAGUCGCCAUUCAAUCGGUUGAAGACCUGGGCUGUAAAAAUAGAUUUGACGCUCCUGCAGGAUUAGGAAUUUUGAGGUGGCUUGUAGCAACAAACCAACCCCACUCCCCAAAGCAAACAAGUAUAAGACAUAUUUCCC